CUUGUACUAUGUCCGCAGUCUCUGGUCAUCUCCUGUACUAUGUCCGCAGUCUCUGGUCAUCUCCUGUACUAUGUCCGCAGUCUCUGGUCAUCUCCUGUACUAUGUCCGCAGUCUCUGGUCAUCUCCUGUACUAUGUCCGCAGUCUCUGGUCAUCUCCCCCUGUACUGUGUCCGCAGUCUCUGGUCAUAUCCUGUACUAUGUCCGAAGUCUCUGGUCAUCUCCUGUACUAUGUCUGCAGUCUCUAGUCAUCACCUGUACUAUGUCUGCAGUCUCUGGUCAUCUCCUGUACUAUGUCCGCAGUCUCUGGUCAUCUCCUGUACUAUGUCCACAGUCUCUGGUCAUCUCCUGUACUAUGUCCACAGUCUCUGGUCAUCUCCUGUACUAUGUCCGCAGUCUCUGGUCAUCUCCUGUGCUGUGUCCGCAGUCUCUCUGGUCAUCUCCUGUACUAUGCCCGCAGUCUCUGGUCAUCUC